GUGAUCAUCAUUGCUUGGUUACUUAUAAUGGGAGUUUUAACAACCAAAGUACUUCUCUUCAUUUCAUCUCAGCUUUUGCUUGUGGUAUUCAUGUUUGGCAACACUCUCAAGACUGUAUUUGAAGCAAUCAUAUUUGUAUUUGUGGUCCACCCUUUUGAUGUUAAUGAUCGUUGUGUCAUUGAUGGAGUAUAGAUGGUAGUUGACGAGAUGAAUCUUCUAACAACUAUCUUUUUGAAAUAUGACAAGGAGAAAAUAUACUAUCCAAAUGCUGUUUUGGCCACCAAGCCAAUUGGCAACUUCUACAGGAGUCCUGAAAUGGGUGAUUCUAUAGAGUUUGCUGUUGAUAUUUCCACAACAGUAGACCAAAUUAAGGCUCUUAAAGAAAGAAUUGAAAUGUAUUUGAAGGAGAACUCUGAGUUGUGGCAACCUGAACAUAGUGUGGUGGUUAAAGAUUUUGAUGAUGUGAACAAAAUGAAAAUGGCUUUCUAUUUCACUCACAAACUGAAUUUUCAAAACUAUAUGAAGAGAAAUGCCCGACGAUCUGAUCUAAUCUUAGAGUUGAAGACAGUUUUGGAAGAUCUGCACAUUAAAUACCAUAUGCUGCCUCUCCAAGCUCAGUUCAUCGGGCUGGGAUUUCCACCUCUCCCUCGCUGAGUUGCUGCCUUGAUAAAUUUGCAUCGGACCAUGUAGAUUGGGAGGCCAAUAUAGCAACAUGCAAACUGAAAUGCUUGCUAAGGUCUUUUCCUGAUGGGGAUAUGUUUGCCUAGAUUGAGAAAGUGCUUAAUUCUAUCUUUGUUUUGUUUAAAAUAAUAUUUGCCCUUAUGU